AUGAGUGAAGAGCAGCGCAUUAGCAUUUGCAAGACGAGCCUGAACCAGAUCUUGAAUUCGCUGAAAGAGAAUCCUAGGCAAUGGCGAAACCAAAUUCCGUUGGCACGCACGAUCAUCGCCCAUCUAAACGCCACGACUUUGAUGCAACAAACAGACCGCUUGCAAGAACGAGUCUGGUUGAUCGGAGGUUUGCAAAGGCUGGCGUAUGCAGACCCAGACAGUGGAGGCGUUCCUGACGUCGCAGCCUGGUGUUCUCAGCAGUGGGCUGUGAUUCAACAGAGCCAGCCCAACAAUAUCUCCGCACUUCGCGGAUUGGGGCAAGCGUGGCUUGCGCGGGCGCAGCCUACACUUGCUCGCAUUCAACGCGAGGAGGGCAGAUCCUCAGGUGAUGGCCCUCCGCAAUCUCGAGCCGGCAACACCUUAUCACAAACCGAGGCUGAGAAAAGAUCUGGUACUGCACAGUAUGUCGAAGCGCGUGGCAACCUCCAGCCUGCAAUCGACUUCCUCGAACGUGCCAUUGCCGCAGCGACGUCACAGCACACGCUGACUGGAGACUUGCUCGCCACCACCGCAGAGGCAUACAUGUCACUUGGCAAUGUCACCUCGCCCCGUAAUAAUCAACAGCACUUUACUCGUGCUCUGCAGCUUUUGCGAGCUGCAAAUUCGAUUGAGGGUUAUCAACUGAAUCGCUAUCUUCAGCAGUAUUUGGAAAGAUAUGGCAGAUACAUUGACGCUUGA